CACAAUUGUUACCACUUUUUGGCUUAGAUGCGGCAGCGACGGAAUUGUUGACUUGAGUUCGAAAGAUAGACCUUCGAGAUGGUUCACUCAGGAAGUCCAAAAGUUGCUUGUUUUGACCAAGCCGCGUUGAGAAGCUGUGAUCUUUGCUGACCUCUGGUAAUCGCAGCUGAUUAGACUACGACAAGGCCAUCCAAUAACCAUGUCUCCGACAUACGACGCCUCCAAACCGGUCUUCUGGUUCAUCACCGUGGGCAAGCUGGAAGAUUGGUCUUUGGAGAAGUUCUACUACGAGUACAAUGAUGUUCACGCAAAGAUGACGGCCGGGGUGGCUGAGCACGUCGAAGCUCUGCGAGAUUAUACCCAGCUGAUGGUCGACUACGACUCAAAGACGGGUAAACCUGUACGAGAUGUCGACGACAAUGAAGGUUGGCACGGCUUGACCAUCCAUAUCUGGUCCAAUCUACAAGAUCUACACGAAUCAUUUGCGGAUCCAGGCUACAAGGCCUCGGCAGGCGAGCACGUCUUUUGCAGACAGGAUCAGAACGGUUGUUUUGCGGAGCUUUUGGCUGAGGAGGUGUCUCCGGAAUAUACGCCAGACUCUUCGACCAAGAUACGGACCAUAAUAUUCCACCGCAAAGGUCGCAAAGAUGAUGUUCGAACCUGGCUCUCUCAGCGGCUACAACAAGGGAAGCAGUGGGUCCAAAGCCGGCCGGAUGUACUCAGAUACCGCCAGUACAUUGACUGCACGCCACAGACCAUCGACCAUUUUUUCGCUGGCACUCAAUUUGCUGGAGGGGUUUGGCAACAGUUUUGCGCGGUGGAAGACUUUGUGUUUACAGGGCUAGAAGAAGCUUCGUCGUUUCUCAACGAGGACAGAGAGUGGGUCAAUGGAGACGACGCACAAAAGCCGUUGAUAAUCACAGGCCGAGCUCUGAAGGUGUUUGGAACAGAUUAAAAGGCUGGGCUAUAUACAAUCUAGUAGCAAUCAAUCCACAUACAGGCCGCCUGUGACAAAGAUAUUGGUC